CAAGAGGUUGUUGUCAUUAGUUUCCAUCUGAAAUUGACAUGUUUUUUGCGGAGAAGUUUCAAAUGCCAGUGGUUUGCGUUUAAAGAGAGACGUUUGUAUAUGAAUGAAGACUAUUUCAUGCCUAUACCAUCGAGUUUUAUACUUUGAUUCCUUUGGAGGUACUCUAGAAGUUUUUGAAUGGAGCUUGGUGGGCUACAAGCAGCUGCCUUAGCUCAUCUCCUCAAGCCAAAGGAUGAAGAGUCAGACAGUGAUGAAGAUCAGCCUAGCUCAUCCGUGAACAAGUUCAAUCCAGGAAAUAUUGGGCCCACAAAGACUGUUUCAACAAAAAUAAAUGAAACCUCCACAAAGAAGCCCAAUAGCAAAAACAUUUGGGAAGCUGAAGAAGUGCCAGAAGGCUCCGAGUUCGAUGAUAUUUAUGACCCUAGACCUCAGCCUGAGUAUGAGAUUGUGUAUAAGCAGGCUGUAACAUCAGAAGACAUGUUUCUGGGGAUGAGCAAUAAGACUCCAACCACUGCUAGCUGUGAAGAUAUGGUGGUAAAAAUUCACUUACCUGGUGCAAAAAUAGCUGAUGUACAGUUGGAUGUAAAAACCAAAUUCCUGGACUGUAGGUCAUCAAAGUUUAAGUUGGGUUUACACCUGCCUCACCCUGUUGACUCCAAGUCCAGUAAGGCCCAGUGGGAUGGCAAGAAAGAAGAGUUGUGUGUGACAUUAAGGCUUAUGAGAGAGUAUGACAUGCUGAAUUUUUAGUAUCGAGAUACCGUUGAGUCCUUAUGCCAUUGUGAUGGUAAAAUGUUUGCUUGACAGAAAAGGAAGACGACAUUCCAGGAGUAGAUAUCCCCAUCACUUCAUAUCAUUUUCACGGCUUUAUUCUUCCAGACAUUCUGACCUUAAAGGGAUGCACAUUUAAAGCUGAUUGGCUGACAGUGGAGAUAGUAUUUCCUGGGUCACGCAUGAAUACAUCAUGACAUACCUAUAAUUCCUAUAAGCCGGGACAUGCCUGUCUCUCACACCAGCCAGUUAGAAUCUGUUCUGUAUCCCUCUAAUACAAGAUGGGAAAGGCUUUACAUCUGCCAUCAAGCAUUUGCAAACCAAUGCGUUCUGGCAAGACAUCAAAAAUACCACAAUCUCAGCUACCCAAGUGAUCACUCCUUGUGGAGUGCUACAUGAGAAACAGACAUAGUGGACA